CUCAGAUUUAGACAUGGCUCAAGAGCCCAUGCCCAGCCCUGCCCGGUCAGGCCAGAAGAGGCAGCAGGGCACAGCCACCUCCUGGGUGUAUGAAAGCCAGAGGAUCCCUCCACUCAUCAGCCGUGUACCUGUCAAGAUCCGGAGGACCCACAUGGGCAUAGGGGCCAAGAGCAGCUUUGGUCGCCACAAGACCCCCAGGAAUAGCCACCUGCCUCCCCCUGAGCAGAUAAAGCUCCAGACUGAGGAGCUGCACGCCAUCGUGGCGGAGCUGAGCCAGAUCAAGGCCCAGGUGGACCACCUACUGGACAGUCUGGAGCUCCUGGACCAGCAGAAGGACCAGCUUCCAGGGACCGAGGACAUCGAAGAGAGCAGGCAUCCUGGGAGUAAGGAUUCCUCAUGCAGAACCCCUGAACCCCAGCACAAGCCCAGGGGCCAGAGGGAGGCAGACAGCUCCAGGGAGAGUGCAGACCCAGAGGAGGCAGUGAAGAACCAUGCGUCAGGCCAGGAGGGCUGUCAAUAGAAGGUUGGAACCCCUCCAAGCACAUCGGCUCCAGGCACCUUCCCAGGUGGCUCCCUUCCUUGCCUUGCGUGGUUUUUCAAAGGCCCUCACCCCCCACGGGAGGCACCUGUUCUGGAGUGAGAGCAAUGGAAGUGGAGGCACGGCUCAACCAGACUAGCCGGGAAGCCUCCCCGGGGGCAGCUUUAGCUUUGGGGUCAGUGUUCCCAGCUUGGUCCAGGGGCAGGAGGGAGGCAGCCGGCAGCUGCUGCACUCCAGCUGACCCUCCUCAUGAAGCUGAGGUGCAGCCUCGCUGGGGGCCGUUGGGACGGUCUUCCUGGGAGCACAUCGGCACCGUACUGCGGGUACUGCUUCAACUGCUCUUCUCCCCUCCCAAGUGAGACCCUGCCAGUCCGCUGGACGUGGAGCAUACUGCAGCAGCCCGCCUAGUAUUCUCCAGCCAAAGUGGUGCACAGGAAAUAUACUUGUGUUCCUACAACCCCCCUCAAGGUGUGAAACUGAGCUCUAAGGCCCUCGGCGUGUGUCCCACAGAACCCUUUUCAGUUCUAGACUCCCUAUCCACCCUACAAAGGCAAACUUCAGAAUUGGGGCUUCAUUCUUAAUAUUGUUUCUGUGAUGCUAUGCAUGUCAGAGGGGAAAAAUAAAAUUUGUAUUUCUCUUUCCUGGCCAGGGUUCUUGGUAUGGUGUCCCAGCCUCACUCUGGUCCUUGGGCUGCCUAGGCCAGCUCGUCCUAGAGAAGCUGAGCAGGUCCCUGAGACACACAGGUUCUGAAGCUCAUAUGAGGCUGCAGCAGAGGGGACCAGGCUGCUCAGCCUUCCUCCUGUCUAGACCUGAGCGCAAAGCUGUGGGCUCAGAAGCCACACAGGGAAGAUCCUACCCUCGUGGUCCAUCAGCCAGGCCAGUUCUGCCCUCUGGCACUGCCAGGCUGCUCUGGUUUCCCAACAGCGAGAAGCUCUCACUCCUGGCAGUUCAGUUCAUCUGCCCUCUCUCCGGAGCCAAGACUGGACAAUGGGCACCAGAUAAAGAAGUUGGCCUGGUCCCUCACUUAGCAGCAGUGGAGGUCGUCUCUGGCUGUGCUGCUCUGCACAUGGCCAAGGAAGGGUGAGAUCUGCCUUCCACCCAGAGCCAACCCUUUCCAGUUACCCAACCCGGAGCUGUGGUCUUGCCCAGCACCAAACCAGAGACUAGACGGUGCGCCCAGAGUGCUUCUGGGACCACACAACUCUCCCCAUUCUUGUCACACCCCAGCAGCCAUCUGAGUAGCAGCUCCUCCUCUUGCAAAGCACAGUUCCCUGCAUCAACCCCUGCAGCUCCUUCAGAUUCAGCCUGUCUCUUCUGCUC